AUGCAAUUGGAGGCUGAAGAACAUCUCAAGCUUGACUUUUGGAAAUUACCCACCAUGCCAGGGGAGACAGUUCAUAUCCGAGUUCCUUUUGUCAACGUCCAAGCAGUCAAAGUAUUCUUGGAGGCCCAGGGAAUUGCUUAUUCUAUCAUGAUUGAAGAUGUUCAGCUUCUGUUGGAUCAAGAGAAUGAAGAAAUGCUAUUUAAUCAGAGAAGAGAGCGGAAUGGUAACUUUAAUUUUGGGGCCUACCAUACCUUGGAAGAGAUUUCCCAAGAAAUGGAAAACCUCGUGGCUGAGUACCCCAGCCUAGUAAGCCAAGUGAAUAUCGGCUCUUCUUUUGAGAACCGGCCCAUGAACGUGCUCAAGUUCAGCACUGGAGGAGACAAGCCGGCCAUCUGGCUAGACGCCGGGAUCCAUGCUCGAGAGUGGGUUACGCAAGCUACUGCACUGUGGACAGCAAACAAGAUUGCCUCUGAUUAUGGAAAGGAUCCAUCCAUCACCUCCCUUCUGGACACCAUGGAUAUAUUCCUGCUGCCAGUCACAAACCCUGAUGGAUAUGUGUUCUCGCAAACGAAAAAUCGUAUGUGGCGGAAGACCCGGUCCAAGGUAUCUGGAAGCCUCUGUGUGGGUGUUGAUCCUAACAGGAACUGGGACGCUGGUUUUGGAGGACCCGGAGCCAGUAAGCAACCUUGCUCUGAUUCAUACCAUGGACCCAGUGCCAACUCUGAAGUUGAAGUGAAAUCCAUUGUGGACUUCAUCAAGAGUCAUGGAAAAGUCAAAGCCUUCAUUACCAUCCACAGCUAUUCCCAGCUGCUGAUGUUCCCCUAUGGGUACACGUGUAGCAAGCCAGAUAACUUCGAUGAGCUGAAUGAAGUGGCCCAAAAGGCUGCCAAGUCGGUGGCAAGCCUGCAUGGCACCCAGUACAAAGUGGGACCGAUCUGCUCAGUCAUCUACCAAGCCAGUGGAGGAAGCAUCGACUGGGCCUAUGAUUUUGGUAUUAAAUACUCAUUUGCCUUUGAGCUAAGAGACACAGGUCGCUAUGGCUUCCUCCUGCCGGCCAAUCAGAUCCUGCCCACAGCUGAGGAGACCUGGCUUGGCCUGAAGACAAUCAUGGAGCAUGUGCGAGACCAUCCCUACUAG